AUGGGGGCUCCUCCACCUAAGGCAGAAGGGCCCUGGGUCCAACUCCAGAAACUUCUGGCCUCCUGGCUGCCCAGAGAGCAGGACUGGGAGCAGCAUCGGGACGAGGCCCACAUGCUGCAGCAGAAGAGGAUCCGAGAGUCUCCACUGCUUCAGGCAGCCAAGGAAAAUGACCUGUGUGCCCUGAAGAAACUUCUGCUGGACCGAAAAUGUGACUUCCGGCAGAGAGGAGCCUUGGGGGAGACGGCGCUGCACAUAGCGGCCCUCUAUGACAAUCUCGAAGCCGCCAUGGUGCUGAUAGAGGCUGUCCCGGAGCUGGUCAGGGAGCCCACCUUGUGUGAACCAUUUGUAGGUCAGACUGCACUGCACAUAGCCAUCGUGAACCAGAACGUGAACUUGGUGAGAGCGCUGCUUGCCCACGGGGCCAGCGUCUCUGCCAGAGCUACAGGCACAGCUUUCCCUUCUCACACUGACCCUUCGACUCACCCCCAUUCCUCCCAGAUGUUCCAGCACCUGAUGCAGAAGCGGAAGCACAUCCAGUGGACCUGGGGGCCACUGACCUCCACGCUCUAUGACCUCACCGAGAUCGACUCCUCAGGGGAGGAUGUGUCCUUUCUAGAGCUUGUGAUUUCCUCCAAGAAGCGAGAGGCUCGCCAGAUUCUGGACCAGACCCCAGUGAAAGAGCUGGUGAGCCUCAAGUGGAAGAGAUACGGUCAGAGGUACUUCUACAUUUUGAGUGCCUUGUACAUUCUCUAUAUGAUCUGCUUCACCACCUGCUGCAUCUACCGCCCCCUCAAGUUCCGCAUGAGCAACCGCACAGAUCCCAGGGACAACACGGUCCUCCAGCAGAAACUGCUACAGGAGGCCUAUGUGACUCAGCAGGAUAAAAUCCGUCUGGUGGGAGAGCUGGUGACCAUCAUGGGGGCUGUGAUCAUCCUGCUCCUAGAGAUCCCAGACAUCUUCAGGGUUGGUGCUUCUCGCUAUUUUGGACAGACUGUCCUCGGGGGACCGUUCCAUGUCAUCAUCAUCACCUAUGCCUGCAUGGUGCUGAUUACCAUGGUGAUGCGGCUCUCCAACAUGAACGGAGAGAUGGUGCCCAUGUCCAUUGCCCUGGUGCUGGGCUGGUGCAGUGUUAUGUACUUCGCCCGAGGAUUCCAGAUGCUUGGUCCCUUCACCAUCAUGAUCCAGAAGAUGAUUUUUGGAGACCUAAUGCGUUUCUGCUGGCUGAUGGCUGUGGUUAUUCUGGGAUUUGCCUCAGCGUUCUAUGUCAUUUUCCAGACAGAGGACCCAUCCAAUCUGGGGCACUUCUAUGACUAUCCCAUGGCACUGUUCAGCACCUUUGAGCUUUUCCUCACCGUCAUUGAUGGGCCUGCCAACUAUGAAGUGAACUUGCCCUUCAUGUUUGGCAUUGUCUACUUUGCCUUCACCAUCAUUGCCACGCUGCUCAUGCUCAACCUAUUCGUCGCCAUGAUGGGUGAUACACACUGGCGGGUGGCCCAAGAGCGGGACGAGCUCUGGAGGGCCCAGGUGGUGGCCACCACGGUGAUGCUGGAGCGGAAGCUGCCUCGCUUCCUGUGGCCUCGCUCUGGGAUCUGCGGGCGGGAGUACGGGCUGGGGAACCACUGGUUCCUGCGAGUCGAGAACCACCAUGAUCAGAAUUCUUUGCGAGUGCUUCGCUAUGUGGAAGCUUUCAGGGGCUCAGACAAAGAGGAUGGACAAGAGCAGCUUUCUGAGAAACAGUGCUCUGUUUCUGUGACUGGAAGUGGGACCCUGGCCAGAGCCUCUCUGGCCCCCCCAACCCCUUCCCUGUCCCGGACCACAUCUCACAGCAGCAGCAGCCACCGUGGCUGGGAGAUCCUGCGUCGCAACACACUAGGACACGUGAAUCUGGGGCUGGACCUUGGCGAGGGGGAUGGAGAGGAAAAUACCUAUCGUUUAUAAUGAAGACCCCUGAUACU